UUAUUCGAAUAUUUCUUUUUCCGGAUUUUGAAGACAUAAAGUCGAUGCAUACAUAUGAGAGACGAUUUCCGGAACAGACAUUUAUGGUCACUAAAAUCAACCAACCUUAAUCUUUUCUCUAACAUUGUCUCUAUUGUUUUUGCUUGUUCUUUCACCCCUAUUUUUUAUUUUGCCAUUCUCUCCUUAUUCAUAUUGUGUAGUCUUCCUUUUAGAUUUUUUUAG